AUGGAAACCGAACAGCCAGGAAGCGAAGAGCUUAAUUUCUUUCACAAAGACAAUGUCCGGUUCAAGACUUUGGACAGCAUCAGAGAAUCCAUCUCGGAACUGUACGUCUCCAUCAAAGACAACUACGUGGGUUCAAACAACGCCACAACCUCCGAGACUCCCCUCUGGAUCAUCGCCAGAUCAUCAGGGAAGAACUACGUGGAGGCUGAGAGCGAUAGCGAGAAGGCCCCAAGCGAGGUCGAGGAGGAGGAGGAGGAGAUGGUGGACGAGGUGAACAAUCAGGAAAUGGAAGUUCUCGGUUCAUAUGACAUGCAGGAAAAUGCGGGGAGACACUCUACGGAAUAUCUACGGAAUAUGGGCGGAAGUGAUAUGAAGGAAUAUUCUGAGAAAUGGUCGGAGGUGUUGUGGAUUAUCGAGAGGAUCUUCGGAGUUUUCGCGGCGAAAUCAGACCAGCUUCGGGAGUUCUUGAAUGGGAUGGAGACGGUGAGAUCGGCAUUGAUUGAGGAAUUGGUGGACGGAACGCAGGGGGGAACAGACCUCUUCCAUGAGAUUCUAGCCGAGAGAUUGCAGAAGUUUGGAAUAGAGGAGAUUGAAGAUGUGCUGGACAAGUUCGUGGCGUCGAAGGCGUACGAGGCGGAGGAGGUGGAGAAGACGCGAAAAGAGUCGGAGGGAUCAAAGGUGCUUGAUAUAGCGCGGGACGAGAUCAGGGAAGUGUUUGAAGCAUUGAAGAACGAGUUGGAGGAAUUGAAGAAGGAGUCGGAGGAAUUGAGGGACGAGUUGGACGUGUUGAAGAGAGGUGAGGGGCAUUGA